GACAGCUCUGCAGUCAAAGAUUGGGACAAAAGUCUCCUCCAACGCUUGAACGCAGGAGGAUCCGACCAAGGUGUUCCUAGUCACCUCAUCACGCCUUUUCUCAUUGCCAAGGAUGCAACGUCUUCAGAGUGAGACAGUAUGGAAUACGUGCGUCAACACACAAGCAUACCGAUCCCUCGCGCAUACCACAACCACUUCUCAUGGUUGAUCAUGGACCGUGUCGAUGGUCAGAUGCUUUACGAAUGUUGGAACGAGCAGAGCGCCUUCAUGAAAUUCCGCAUUGCUUGCACGCUACGACUUUAUGUUAAUCAACUUCGCUCAAUAACGUCAGAAAGAGCAGGUGGCAUUACGGACGGGAUGAUUGGUGGUGUCGUCUUUGAUCAUGUAGAGCGCGGUCCAUUUGAUUCUGUCCGUCGGUUUCGUCGCUUCUGCGAACUGGUCUCUUUCGUAGGAUGGAAGACUGCCUACGAACGCAAACAUAGGAAAAUCCAUGCUAUGCAUAGCCGUCCUCCCUUGAGCGAUGGUCCUGGACUCUCGUCUUCACUCACGGCGACCUCAAUGCAACAAACAUCAUGCUGGACAAGAACAACGUGCUGUGGCUCAUAGACUGGGGCUCAGCGGGUUUCUACCCUGCUUGCGUGGAAUCACUGGCUAUGCGAUGUGUCGACGGUAAUGGUGAAGAAGAGGACCGGAUGCCAAAGUCAUGGGCUCGUUAUAGAUCAUUCAUAACCGGAAGGACGAAUCGCUCGGAAGAUGACUUCUGGCAGUACCUAACAUCUACUAUACAUCGCUUCUGAAUAAGAAGCAUACACGCUAUCAACACGAAGGUGACUGCAUUUACUCAUGAGGGGUAGAAUUGUCUGACGCGAGGGAAGGGAUUAGGGGACGAGACCGUCCCGGAAUUUGUUGUUCGCCGCCUAUGUCUCCUUCCAUGCAGUCUCUAAGAUGUCCGCCGCAACCUAUCCAUUGAUUGUUGACGA